AUGGAACAAACUACACCGGAGCAGCUUUCACUGUACAACGGGUUCAAGCUUUUAAACCUAGUUCGAGAAGUCGGGGAUUACAAGCUGCAGGUCCAAAUUUGCAUUCCCGACGACGUCUACACGGGCGAUUAUGAUGGCGAAGGUCCUGUGCAUGUUCGUUUUGGUAAUGGGGGUCUUGCGACUGACGAUUCUGGCGAGCCCCUAGCUCCUCAAUGGCGGCAUAUCCACAUCCGAGACCUCGCCCAGGCGACCCACUCCAUAACUAUCCGGCCGAAUAUCCCCUUACCAAUUUACUGCUCCGGUCAGGAAAUGCUGCGGACACUCGACAAUUUCAUGGAAAUGGUACCAAAGCCCACGUUUUCGCGCAGCACUCAUGGAGGAAUGCCCCAAAAUAAGGGCCACAAUUGCCUACAACAAGACUUUAUGCUCGGGAGUUAG